GCUCAGCUGCUUGUCGGAGCCGACGAUCGAUGUGCUUACUUCACUGGGCUUCCACACAACAACUCCAGUGCAGGAGGCGACAAUUCCGUUGUUCUGCGGGCACAAAGAUGUAGCCGUCGACGCACAGACCGGCUCUGGGAAGACGCUGGCGUUCGUGCUUCCAGUUGUAGAGCGGCUAAGGCGGUUGGAUGACCCACUGAAGCUGCACCAGGUUGGAGCUAUCAUCAUCUCACCCACUCGUGAGCUCGCUAAGCAAAUUUAUGGGGUGGCGGAGCCCUUCAUCGCCAGUGUGCGCGGCCUGACCUCGAUGCUGCUAGUCGGCGGAACCGACCCCGCCCAGGACGUGUCCGCCUUCAAGGCCCGGGGCGGUCACGUGCUGGUGGGCACGCCCGGCCGCAUCGAGGACGUGCUCAAGCGCUGCGCCACAGUGGACCUGCGCCGCAUGGAGGUGUUAGUGCUGGACGAGGCUGACCGGCUGCUGGACAUGGGCUUCAAGGCGCAGCUGGACGCCGUCAUGGGCCGCCUGCCCAAGCAGCGCCGCACCGGGCUGUUCAGCGCCACACAGACCGAGGCCGUGCAGGAGCUGGCGAGGGCGGGGCUGAGGAACCCAGUGCGGGUCAACGUGGCGGUGGCGGUGCAGGCGGCCAAGGCGGCAGCGGGGGCGGGGAAGGAGAAGGAGAAGGGGAAGGCGGAGGAGAAGAAGGGGAUGGAGGAGGAGGAGAAGGGGAAGGGCAAGAAGGGCAAGGAGCAGCAGCAGGCGGCGGCCGCGGCGGCGGGCGCGGAGGUGGAGGCGGCGGCGGCGGCCGAGGCGGCGGCGGCGGAUGCUGCGGCGGCGGGUGGCUCUCAGAAGACGCCCAACAGCCUGAGUAUCCAGUACGUGCUGUGUGAGGCGGACGAGAAGAUUCCGCAGCUGGUGCGCUUCCUGCGCCUGCACGGCCCCAGCCGCAAGGUGAUCGUGUACGCCAUGACCUGCGCCGCCGUGGACCACCUGGCGGCCGUGCUGCCGCGCCUGCCGCAGCUCGCCACCGCCGGCGUGCGCCUGCGCGCGCUGCACGGCCGCAUGAAGCAGGCGGCGCGCGAGGCCACGCUGGAGGCCUUCCGCGCGCUGCCCGCCGGCGUGCUGCUGUGCACGGACCUGGCGGCGCGCGGGCUGGACAUCCCCGACGUGCACUGGAUCCUGCAGCUGGACCCGCCGCAGGACCCGGCGGCGUUCGUGCACCGCGUGGGCCGCACGGCGCGCAUGGGCCGCAGCGGCCAGGCGCUGGUGUACCUCACCGCGGCGGAGGAGCCGUACGUGGAGUUCCUGCGCCUGCGCAAGGUGCCGCUGACGGAGGCCAGUCAGCUGCCGCCCACGGAGGGCCAGGCCCCCUCUGUCGCCGCCGACGCUGACGCCGACGACGACGGGGCGCCGAGCACCAGUGGGCGGGACGCCGCGCCCAACGCUACCGCCUCCGCAGGAGCCGGCGGCAAGAAGAAGGCGCCUGGCAAGGCCGCGGGUGCUGCCGCAACAGCUGGCGGCGGCGGCGGCGGCGGUGGCGGCGGCGGCGGCGGUCCGGGCGGGGCGGUGCUGUCGGCGGCUGUGUCCACGGCCACGGCGGACGUACUGGCGGCGCUGCGCAGUGCGGCGGAGCGCGACCGCGACGUGAUGGAGAAGGCCACCAAGGCGUUUGUGACCUACGUGCGCGGCUACAAGGAGCACCACUGCAAGUUCAUAUUCAGGCUGCAGGACCUGCACAUCGGGCGCCUGGCCACGGGUCUGGGUCUGCUGCGGCUGCCCAAGAUGCCGGACCUGAAGCGGCCGCUGGGGGCGUCCGAGUUCCGGCCCUCGGCGGUGGACCCCUCCUCGGUGCCCUACAAGGACAAGGCGAGGGAGAAGCAGCGGCAAAAGGGUCUGCAGCAGAAGCAGCAGGAGGCCAGCCGCAACGGCGGCGCCGCCAGCGCGGAGGAGCGGGCCGCCGCCAAGCGCAAGGCGGUGGCGGCGGUGGCGGCGGAGGCGGCGGAGGCGCGGCUGCCGGCGGCCAAGCGGCGGCAGCUGCAGAUGAAGGACGAGGCGGCGUCACUCAACAAGGAGUACAGUCUGUUGAAGAAGCUGAAGAAGGGCAAGAUCAGCCAGCACCAGUACAACGUGGCCACGGGGCUGUCAGACGACUCGGACAUGGAGGAGGAGGCAGAGCAGCCAGCCAAGCCGGCGGCGGCGGGGGCGGCGGCGGGGCGACUGGGGGGAGGCGGCGGCGACAGUGACACCGACGACGGCGCGGGCAGCAGCGGGAGUGAGGACGAGGGCGGCGAGGGCGGCGCGGCGGGAGCGGGCGGGGCCGGCAAAGGAGCGGCGGGAGCGGGCGGGAGAGUCGGCGGCGCGGGUGGGAGGGGCGGCAAGGGCGGGAGAGGCGGGCCGGGCGGCAGGGGCGGUCGCGGGCCGCUGGGCGUGAAGCAGAACCGGGGCGCGCUGCAGUCGUACAUCGAGAAGAAGGCCCGGAAGAAGAAGCGGCAGAAUGCCAAGAAGGCGCAGCGGCAGUAGCUGGUGGUUGAAAGCAGCUGUCAGGCGGGCGUCGGUGCGGCGGCUGGGGGCAGGGGCGCAGGGCACACGGAGGACACUGGCGUGGGCAGUUCAGGACGCGGGAGGGGCGGAGGGCGCCACCGGAAGUCCGUCCUUGAUGGCGGAUUGGCGGUCGUAACCUGUGUAACAGUCAUCUGUGCGUGUGCGAACUGCGAAGCCGCGACCUGCACCGGCACUCGACGCAGCAUGGCUUUGGUGUAAGAUGCCGUAUGC